CAAAAUCCCAUCACAUGAUGGUUCUGUACUUUAAAGCGCCUGUGUUUCCGCUCGAUCUUCACUCGCCUGUGUUUCCUUUCUCACAAUGGCGACCGGGUGGAUAUUUUGGGGGGUCACUCUAAUUUUUCUGUGUGUGCACAACGUUUUUGCGAGAUCUACGAGCUGGAAGCAAAGCAGAGGAGGAGAUCAUGUAGAGGUUGAACCUCUAAAGUUUAAGGAGAAGUUCUUCACUCAGCUUUUGGACCACUUCAGUUACAACAGCUGGGGCAAUGGGACAUACUCCCAGCGUUACCUGAUUACAGAUGAGUAUUGGAGGAAAGGCUACGGCCCUAUUUUCUUCUACACUGGGAAUGAAGGGGACGUGUGGGACUUUGCCCAGAACUCUGGCUUUAUGGUGGAGCUUGCAGCUAAGCAGGAGGCUCUGCUCAUAUUCGCUGAACACAGAUAUUAUGGGGAAUCUCUACCCUUCGGCAAAGAGUCCUUUAACAUUGCAAACGUCGGGCUCCUGACGGUGGAGCAGGCUUUGGCAGACUAUGCAGUCAUGAUCACGCAGCUAAAGGAGGAACUGGGAGCUCAGAAAUGCCCCGUCAUUGUUUUUGGUGGGAGUUAUGGAGGCAUGUUGAGUGUCUACAUGAGAAUACACUACCCCAAUAUUGUAGCUGGGGCUUUAGCUGCCAGCGCUCCCAUCUUAUCUACAGCAGGACUGGGCGACUCUGGGCAGUUCUUCCGUGAUGUUACAGCUGAUUUUGAGAAUUAUAAGCCAGCUUGUAAGGAUGCAGUAAAAGCGGCUUUCCAGGAGCUUCAGGCUUUGGCACAACAAAAAGACUACAGUCGUAUCCAGUCUGCUUUCUUGCUCUGUAAGACUCCAUCCUCGGAUAAAGACAUUCACCAGCUGAAUGGUUUCCUGCGCAAUGCCUUCACUUUAAUGGCCAUGCUAGACUACCCAUAUGAAACCAGCUUCAUGUCAAAAAUGCCAGCUUUCCCUGUUAAGGUGGCAUGUGAGAUGAUGCUGAAUGGAAGUGACGUGCUGUCUGCUCUCCGAAACACCGUGGGUAUCGUGUAUAACUCCACAGGGAUGCAGACAUGCUACGACCUUUACUCGCUGUAUGUAGAGUGUGCAGAUCCGACAGGUUGUGGCCUGGGCUUUAACAGCUACGCCUGGGACUAUCAGGCGUGCACGGAGAUCGAGAUGUGCUUCGAGAGCAACAAUGUGACCGACAUGUUUCCCCCGAUGCCGUUUACACAGAGUAUGAGAGAGGUGUACUGCGCUAAGCGGUGGGCGGUGCUGCCGCGGCCAGGCUGGCUCAAAAUCCAAUACUGGGCCGAUGAUCUUUCAACAGCCAGCAACAUCAUCUUCUCAAACGGUGAUCUGGACCCGUGGGCUAACGGAGGGGUCAGAAAGUCACUUAGUGAUUCUUUAAUCGCUAUCAACAUAGCAGACGGGGCACAUCAUCUGGAUUUAAGAGCUUCUAAUAAAUCUGAUCCUGUAUCGGUGACGAAGGCGCGGCAGCAGGAGGCCGUCAUCAUCGCUCAGUGGGUGAAGGCUGCGAGAGAAAAGAUGCUCGGAAGAUUUUAGGCAUAAAUGGUCCAUUUUUAAAGCUUCACAUGUAUAGGAAUCGCAUCGUUUCAGUACCGUCGAGACUUGAGAAAUACGUGAAAUGUUGCCGUGCAAUCAGUCAGGCUGGUAUUUUCACUUAAAGAACUCAGCUCCACUCCCUGAGGGCAGAACUCCGAUUUGGCCUUGUCCAUAAAGAAAGGGUAACUGUUGAGGUAGGUGUAGUUUGCACAGAGCCAUGUGAAACAAUCCAGGAAAUAAAGGGACGACUUAUCUAUCAUCAUUGCAAUAAAAUUCACCCCAGCUUCUUUUAACUAUAAUUAUUCUAAGCUGUAAUUAUCACUGCAUGGUUUUUUUUAAGGUACGAUUAAAAUAUGAUUUUUCACAAA